AUGACCGUGCAAAGCCUUCCGUCCGUCCGCGUCGUGGAAGUAGGACCCCGAGAUGGGUUACAGAAUAUUCGAGAAUCAAUCCCCACGUCGACGAAAUUGGAACUAAUUAGGAGGUUGGAAGGGACAGGACUGAGUACUAUUGAGCUGACAUCUGUUGUUUCACCGAGGGUUAUUCCGCAGUUGGCGGAUUGUCGGGACGUGCUUGGGGAUGAGGACGUUAGGAGGAUGAGUGGGAAGGAUUUGAGACUUCCUGUUUUGGUGCCUAAUGUUAAAGGGUUGAAUAUUGCGAUUCAACAUGGAGUUAAAGAAAUUGCUGUUUUUAUCAGUGCUACUGAGGGAUUCAGUAAGGCCAAUAUCAAUUGCUCUGUUGAGCAGGGCAUAGAGAGGGCGAAGAAUGUUGCCUCUCUGGCAUUGAAAUCGAAUAUUGCUGUCCGAGGUUAUGUCUCAUGCAUAUUCGCAGACCCAUACGAUGGACCCACGCAACCAUCGUCAGUUCUCCGCUGCGUCAAAGAACUCCUAGAUGCAGGCUGUUAUGAAGUUAGCCUAGGCGACACUCUAGGCGUCGGCUCACCGUCAAACGUGCGCAGCCUCAUAACCUACCUUCUCAACAAUAAUAUUUCUGCUGAGAAACUCGCAGGCCACUUCCACGACACGUACGGCCAAGCCGUGGCAAACGUCUGGGAAGCAUACAACUGCGGGCUGCAGGUCUUUGAUUCAAGUAUAGCAGGACUUGGUGGCUGUCCUUUCGCGCCUGGAGCCAAAGGCAAUGUAGCCUCAGAGGACCUGGUGUAUAUGUUCCACAAUGCGGGCAUCAACACUGGCGUUGAUCUUUCGAAGCUGGUUGAAACUGGAGUUUGGAUCUCAGAACAGCUUUCAAGGACGAAUGGCAGUCGAGCCGGGACAGCACUUGCAGUAAAGAGCAAAGCCAUGUCAAGCAGGAAGAGUAAGCCUCCAGAGGAUCCUUCUCUACAAUGGGACCUCGCAAAGGAGACGGAAGGACUGCAGCUCCAUCAUUCAGGUGUCAAUCUGAAGAUCAUCUUGAACCGGCCCAAAAACGGCAAUGCGUUAACAGCACCCAUGAUCUCAGAUUUGACGUCUGUCGUGACAGACGCCAGCAAAGAUCCCCAAAUAUCACGCAUUAUUAUCACGGGGAAUGGUAAAUUCUUCUGCACGGGAAUGGAUCUCGGGAAAGGGAGCACACCAGUUGCGCAGGGAGGUUCAACCAGCGAUGCUCAGUUUCGGCGCUUGAGUGGGUUAUUCGAGGCCAUUGACCAAUCUCCCAAAGUUACCAUCGCCUGUUUGAAUGGACCUGCAUUUGGAGGCGGCGUUGGUUUAGCGUUUUCCUGUGAUAUGAGACUCGGUACGCGGGAUGCAUCUGUAACGCUAAGCGAGGUGAAGCUUGGACUUUGUCCAGCGACGAUAUCGAAAUAUGUUAUUAGAGAAUGGGGCGUUGCGUUUGCUCGUGAAGCUAUGUUGUCCGCGCGUCCGGUCUCAGUUGAGGAGCUUCGGGCGCGAGGUCUUAUAUCUGAUGUUGCCGAUGAUGCGGAGCAGCUCAGGACGCGGUUGGAUAUGUUUCUGUCGCGGUUGAAGGUUGCAUCUCCUGAUGCUUCUCGUAUGUCGAAAGAGCUCGUCAGACUUGGGUGGGCCUAUGGCGGGGGUGAGGAACAGGUGGAUGGGAUCAAGGGACUUUUUGAAGAAAUGAUGCGUCCUGCUGCUGAUGGUGCGCAUGGUGUGAAGGAGUUUCAGGCAGGACGGAAGGUGGACUGGGAUGCUUUUACUCAGGGGACGUCGAAGUCCAAGCUGUAG